AUGGCGCCGCCGGUUGUUCGGGAGCUUUGGGAGAUGGAAGAGCUCGUGGAAAAGAUCCUGCUCAGCAUUCCGCCGGAGGAGCCGGAGAUCCUCGUCCGCGCCUCCCUCGCCUGCAAACCUUGGUGCCGCCUCCUCUCCGGCAACGCGUUCCGCAGCCGCUACCUCGCCUUGCAUGGAACAGCUCCGGUCCUGGGCUUCCUGCAGAGCUGGGUGGCCGGCGACCUCGAGCGCUUCGUCCCCACAAAAAAGUUCUGCCCCCGCAGUCCCAUUCCCAAACUGAAGAGCACUUUCGUGCACGACUGCCGCCAUGGCCGUGUUCUUCUUGGGUGCCUGCAACAGCGCGAUGAAGCUGUCGUCUGGGAUCCCGUGUCCGGGAGGCGGACCGAACUGCGAGAGCCUGACUACUUCUGCGCAGCCGCGGUGCUCUGCUCCGUGGACGGCUGCGACCAUGCAGCCUGCAACUCGGGCCCGUUUUCCGUGGCUUGUAUCGAGGACGAGGGAUGCGUGGAUGAUGACGAACAUUCUCUCCUGCUGGCGUCUGUGUACUCAUCAUACACCCAGAAGUGGACUUCUCCGGCCUGUAUUCACAUAGGAUUUGUAUCGGACGACUGCUUCAUGGGAAGGCCUAGUCUCCUCAUCGGAAAACAACUCUACUUCCUCCUUGAUCAUGGUUUGGGCAUUCUCCGGUAUGACUUGAGUCGGCAUCGCCUGUCAGUUAUUGAUCUGCCAGAAAAGCUGGUUGAGCACAACCCUCUCCUUAUUUCGGGUCCCGGCGGUAGGCUGGGGGUCGUCCACCAGGACAAGCACGGCUUAUGCGUCGUGUACUCGAGGUGGAGCAUUGAUGGUGAGUAUCGUUGGCUCUAUAGCAGAGCAAUUGACCUCAAUAUGCUUCGCCCCAUUGUCCAUCCGAUGAGCUCACAUCCACCAGUGUUGGCUGGAUCUUUGGAGGGCACCGACCUGAGCAUUGUCGUCACAGAUCUUGGUGUCUUCACAUUUGAUCGCAAGUCCCUGAGUUUAAGAAGCUUUCGAGUAAGAAGUACAGAUAUGGUUGGGUUUAGCUCAGCACAUCUUUCUCUACACGAGCUUCAACACCAUACCAGGUAUGUUUACCUUGACACUUCAUAUAUGAUUCCCAUGUGUACGAUUGUUUGA